AUUACCACCAACUAUCACCAACUAUCACCAACUAUCACCAACCAUCACCUCAAACAUUUCAUCCUGAUAUAUCUUUUUUGUCAUACAAUUAUUCAAGACAAUUGAUUACCACACUAAUCAUUCGAUACAACCUUUCAAUUCCUUUUACAUAAUAGUUUUGGGAAGACACAACAUAUCAUUAUCGUCAUUUUUUUUGGUCUCCAAUAUUUUCCCUGCAUACCGGUACAUUGGUUCCGAAACGCACGAGGCAGACGAUCGAUUGAAGUUUAAUCGUAGUGACACUUCACACCCAAAGAAUCGAAGGGGGAUUUUAUUUUAUUCUAUAAGGAGAUUAAUACGCCACUUUUGAUGAGAGAGGAGGGAAAAAAGUAUAAGUGAUUGAUGGAAUCUCGAAUUUGAUAUUUAAGGGUUUCGAAUUUUACUUUCGAGUGUUGGGUUUUUGGGGUUUCUGGGGAUUUUCUUCGACAUACAUUCCUCAAUAUUGAUUCAAUCAAUUUCAUCAGUUCAAUCCUUGAUGAAUUAAUUUCAAUAAAUCCAAGAAUCAAUUUCGACAGAUCGACAUUAACUACAGACUACGUACAGACGACGAACUACAGACUACAGACGAACUACGGACUACGGACUACAAAUUACAGAUUACGGAAUAUAUCUUAAAAAUAAGACCCCGCAACAAUGAGUUCUUCAGCGCAAGGAGCAGCGAGAGCACCGGCAAUAUCUACAAUACCUACAACAUCAAAUGAUGAUAAAAAGAAAGGAUUAAGUCGAGUUUUAGGACGAAUGAAGACAGUUUUAAAAAGAAGUGAUGGAUCAAAAAGAUUAUCAUUUGUUGGAAAGUCUUCAACUUCAACUGCACCAGGAGGACCAAGUAUCCCCAAAUCCACUGAUCAAACAUCCAAAUCAAAACCAAUACAAACACCAACUCCAAAGUCAGAACCAUCCAAGGAAAUACCCAUCUCCAUUCCCACUGUCGUCGAAACGAAACAAAUUAUUGACACCACUACCAAAACUGCUACUUCUAACACAACAAAACAACAACAAUCAAAAUCUAAAUCUCAAUCCCAACCUCAAUCUCAACCUCAAUCUCAACCAACAAAAGUUUCUCGAGCAGAAAUUAAUGCUGAAAGAGCUCGAAAAUUAGCUGAACGUUUUCAAUUACAAAUCGAACCUCAUGAAUGGCAAUCUCUUACGGGAGAAAAAGAUGUUUGGAGAAUCGAAAAACCUAUUCGAAUGAGAAUUCAUAGAACUUGUCAUAAAUGUGAUACAACAUAUGGUGCCAAUAAAAUUUGUACCAAUUGCGAACAUCCAAGAUGUACAAAAUGUCCUAGAUAUCCUUUAAAGAAAAAGGAUAAAGGAAAAACUACAGUGGCAAAUACUGGACCAACAAAAGUCGAAGUUGAUAGAGAUUGGAAAAAACCUGAGAAAUUAAUCAUGACUUUACCAAGUCAAAAAGUUGGUGGUCAACCUUUGAUCAGAAAAAAACCUACUCAAAGAGUUAGAAGAACUUGUCAUGAAUGUUCAACUCUUUUCACGGCUGGAAAUAAAAUUUGUACAACUUGUUCUCAUACUCGUUGUGCUGAUUGUCCUCGAAAUCCAUCCAAGAAAAAGAAAUACCCCGAUGGUUACCCUGGUGAUCAACCAUCCUCCAUAAAUAAAAAAUUCGCAUGUCAUAAAUGCGAUAAAACUUUCCCUCAUCAUUCCUCCUCGGAUCCAAAAAUUAACAUGCAAGAAUGUACAAGGUGUAAGCAUGUUAGAUGUGAUAUGUGUAUGAUAGCUAUUCCGCGGAAAGUGGUACCGGAGCCUGAUCCGGAGGUGUUGAGAAGAGUGGAGGAGAAAUUGAGGGGAUUGAGUAUUAGACGACCGAUGACUGUGAAUGUGGUUGUUUGAUGGGUUUGGGGUAUCGAUGAAUGUGGGGAGUGGAGAGUGGAGAGUGGAGAGUGGGAAGCGAGGAGCAUGAUCGAAAAAGGGGAAAAUGACCAAAAAGAAAAGGAAAGAGAAGGAAAAAGACGGAUACAUGGACGGAUAAAUGGGCAAAGAAAACAUACAUCGGAACUUCUUACAUUUUUCACAGCAUUUACGCAUUUACAUUUUUGCAUUGUUCGGAUUCUGCAUUUUUUUGCAUUGCAUUGCACAGCAUAGGAAAGAUGAAUGAAAGAAGGGGAUUGAUGGGAGAAGAUGUUGAAAAAUCAUUCUUUUCGAAAGAAUUACAAAAAAUUAUAAGGUGAUGAAUUAGCGAGCGUUGAUUGUGUAGGUAUGGAUAGGAUACAUGCAUGCGCAUUAACAUUUUUGAGUUUAAGUUUGAGUUUGGAAUUUGUUUCUUUUUUUUAUUUGUUUUGGUUUGGGAGGAUUGAUUGAUACCUUUUUGUAUGUUUUGAGAUUUUUGGGUUGUGUGGAGGGG